AUGACAGCCAUGAUGCAAUGGCAGGUCAACAGGCAAUUCAGGAAGGAUCGAGAGGCUGCCAUGGCCAGAAUUCCCAAUCCCGAUGAGGUGGUCCAGCAACUAGACCUUCCCUAUGGUCCCCCACCAGGAUUGGCGUGGCCAUAUCAAGAGAAUCCUCUUGUUGCACAGGUAGCUGGGAUACCAGUACGGGGGGGAAUCCAGGCUGGAUACGGGGAAGUGGCUUUUCCUAUCCAAGAACGUCUGGCCCCAAUACGGCCAGAAGGUCCUGCGCCAGGACAAGUUCCGCAGAAUCAGCCAGAGCCUCAGCCUGCUCCGCAACAAGCGGCCCACAAGAUCACCCUAUGGAAAUUCUGCCUGAACAUCCAGUAG